GAGAACAAACAUUAGUGCUUUUCUUCCAAUGUGGAAGAUCGCGCGCGAUUGAUUGAGCUUGAGCGUGAAUACUCCAGGGAUGCGCCCUUGACUCUGCGACCUGAGUCGACCUGCCAAAAGGAGAAGACCGCGGACGGGAUACGCCAAGCAGCUGAUCCUGCGGCCCGACCAGCCCGUGGCGAUAUAACAGCACUUGCUCGCCGUCGUCGCUUUCGGCCCCCACACUCGCGAUGUCGUCCUUCCAGCCCAUCAAGUCCGCCGUGAUCGGUGUCGGCCUCGGUGGCAUGACCUUCCACAUCCCCUUCGUCCUCGCGCACCCCAAGUACUUCACCCUCCACGCCGUCCUCGAGCGGAAUCCCGAACGUCCUGGAGGCAAGCUCGCCGCUCGCUUCGGCGCAGAGGCAGCCAAGGGCGUCGCCAUCUACCGCACCUACGAGGAGGUCCUCGCGGACCCGCAGAUCGAGCUCAUCUUCAUCAGCACUCCAAGCGAGACGCACUACGCGCUCGCGAAGCAGGCGCUCGAGGCGGGCAAGCAUGUGCUGGUGGAUAAGCCUGUCACGGCGACCGCUGCAGAGGCAUACGAACUCGGUGAGAUCGCGAGGAUCAAGCAGCGCGUCCUUUAUCCCUUCCAGAACCGCCGCUGGGAUUCGGACUUCCUCACCCUCCGGAAACUCCUCGACCUGCCUUCCUCCGACCCCAGAUCUCUUGGUACCCUCGUCGAGUUCGAGUCUCGCUUUGACCGCUUCCGCACGACACUGAAGAACACCUGGAAGGACCUGCCCAUUCCCGCCAACGGCCUCACGUACGACCUCGGUGCACAUCUCAUUGACCAGGCGCUAGUGCUUUUCGGGCGGCCGACCAAGAUUACCGCUAUGAUCGAAAACAUUCGUGGCAUUGGGCAUGAGGAGGUUGACGACUGCUUCACGAUCUUCCUUCACUAUCCCCGACGCCCCGCCUCCCCGCCAGGCUCGCUUCAGCCAACGUCCUUCUCAUGCAUCCUCCGUGGACACAUCCUCUCCGUACGCUCGCCACAGGUGCGCUACGUCGUGCGCGGCACGCACGGGACGUACAUCAAGUUCGGCGUGGACGUGCAGGAGGACCAGCUCAAGGUCAUCCGGCACCCUGCCGAGAUCACGUCGCUCCCCACGUACGGCCUCGAGCCAAAGGACAUCUGGGGAACCGUGGAGAACCUGGCAGAGGACGACAAGGUGAUCAAGUCUCCGUGGCCAUCGACGGAGCGCGGGAACUACAGCGCGCUGUUUGUUGAUCUUGCAAAGACGAUUCGAGAGGGCAAGGAGCAGGCAGUCAAGUGGGCAGAGUCAGCAGAGGUGAUUGAGUUGAUCGAGCUUGCAUACAGGAGUGCGAAGGAGGAGCGCACGGUUGUCGUCCCGACCAGAUCGUAAUGCAUCGAUGCAGGCGCAGAUCAGGAAAGAGAAUAAGUGAAAAGUACUAAUAUUUUGUAAAAGUAUGCUGACAAUGCUCUGUGGGUGCUCAUACACAUAUGUGUUGAUACUCUUUGGGAAUGACAUUCAUUUGGAAUACGACUAUUGCAGUUGUUGCUGCUCGAUG